AUGGCAGACAUUCCGGGGAAUGAUUCAGUACCUGGCUCCUCGCAGAUCCUCCUUCGCCAAGAGCAACAGGGUGCAGGUCCUGUCGUACGGUCGAUUCAAGUUGAUCUGUGGUUGAGGUGGUGCCAACUUACAUGGAUGGCUUCCCUCCCCGAUGAUUCCAAAGAUUCGAAAGGAGGAGGACGCGUGCUGCGAAUAUCCCUCCUGCGACGCCAGCUGCCUGCCAGCUGCCUUUUUCGAGGUCUUUUUUGGUUUCUGGGAACUUCUGCUGCAAUGAGUUUGCCCAAGCCGCCGACGUCGCUGGACGACUCGUGCUCCGUCAUCUACGAGAACAUCCUUUACUCUUUCACGCCCGAGGCCUUCUUGUCCCUGCCUUUGGAGGAAGGUGCAAAAUGGAAGAAGCUGGAGAUGGGAGAGAAGGUUUCGGGGGCCGUCUGCGUUGGGACGACCCCCGGGGAUGACGCUGAGGCUGGCCUCUUCGUUGUCGGUGGAACCGGCGGCUCGGUUGGCUAUACUGGGCUGCAAAAGUACAUCUACUCGACCGGCAAGUGGACUACCAUCACCCCCUCCGAGUUGAUCACGAAAGAUCGUCUGUGGCAUGGCUCGACGUACAUCAAGGCCAGUGAUACCAUCCUUAUCUACGCCGGUAGCCGAGACGGAGUCACGGCCCUCUCGGGCGAAACCUUCACCAUCCAGGCAUCCGAGCCCUAUCGCGUUAACUCCUAUGGCCCUGGCUCUAGCCCCGGCGUCAAGCCUAUUCUUCUCAACUGGUCUGAUGCCGAUGCUUGCUUGGUCGGCGACGAUACUAGAAAUAUCGCCGUUGCCUUGUUCAACCCGACUACAGGCUGGACUGAAUCGGGAGCCAGCAUGGCAGAACCCCUGUCGAAGGACUCGGGUUCUAUUCAGGCCCUUGUGAUGCCAGGGGAUGAUGGCUCCAAGAGCCUCUACACCUUCGAUCUCUCGCAAUCUCCGAACCUGGUCCGCCGAUUUGUUCUCCAGGAUGCCUCCGGCGCGCCCCUUUCCAACUCGGUCGCCGUCACCAAGAAGAAGCGCAAUCUGUCCUUAGACGACUGGCCAGAGUACAACUCGACGCUUGCGCCAACCGCUACGCGGCGGAAUUUUGCCGUUGCCCAAGGCGCAGACGGCAAGGUUGUCUUCUCUGGUGGUAAUUCCGAAGUGCCUCUUGCCAUCUUCGAUGCUACCGAGAACUCGUGGCUCGAUACUGCUCAGGUGUUCGAUGCCGAGAAUCAAAAGGUUCUGUCCGACAGCACGUUGACCUCUUCAGCUUUCUCAACUACCGAGACAGCUGGUUCGACCAAAUCGACCAAGCCAACUUCCACUAAGACGAGGCCGUCAACCUUGGAGAGCUCGGACAUCUCGUCAACCAUGGCUAUCUCGACUAUCUUGUCAACAGGGAGCUUAAGCGCUUCUCUGACAAUAUCGGAGGCCAGCGCCUCGGCCACGACGGACGCUGCAGUUGCGGCCGCUGGCAGCAGUGACGAUGAUUCCGGUCUCAGCUCCAACGUCAUCUUGGGUAUCACACUUGGAUCGAUCCUCGGAUUCUUGACCUUGUUUGGUCUGCUGUUGUUGCUCUUGGCGCGGCGACGCAAGGCCAGGAGAAACGGUAUGGAGGCUAGCAGCACCAGGCACUUUGGCAACGGCUCACGCCAGCUACUCUCGCGCGGUCAAACCCGUGACCACAACGCCACGCUGUCUCAGGAAUCCUACUCAUCCAUGGCUAUUUUGAUAGAUCGCACCGGGAAGCAAAAGACCAGUCUAACCCGGAAGCCUGCCAACGAUACGACUCGAAGCUCCGGCAGCUCUUUGCACAAGCAGAUCAAAGCCACCAUCAGCAAGCCGAUUCUGCAGGAGAUGCUGUACCCUGCUCUGCAGGGAUACGACACCAUGGGCAUUGCUUUCGACCGAACCGUCGCAGAGCACCGACCCCUUGCGGGACCCAUGGAAGCCCAGGACGGCAUGCGGAGGAGCUCUGGCUGGAACCGAUACUGGUCCGGCGGCAGCGCAUUACAGAUCCUCGGCUUUGGUGGUCCCAAGAGGAUAACCGCUGGGUCCGAGCAGAGCUCCCGCUACUCUGAGGCCAUGCACUAUCGUAGUAUGAGGGCCACGCAAGACUCGUCAACUAUACCAUCGCUGAUCUUUGGCUUUUGCCCCGAGAUAAAUCGGGUCAAUUCCGGCAGCCUUGCUGUGGCCGAGUGCAGCAAGAUUCCAUUCAAGGAUGGAGUAGCCAGCAAGAUUGAACGCACCCCCUCGAGGACGUCAUCGUCGGGUUAUUCCAGUGGCAUCCCGGGGAGCAUCAAUGAAGCCUGGGACCCUACCCUUAACUCGAAGCCCUGGAGUCCUGACCGUGCGCCCAAAAUCGCCUGCAACCCAAACUCCUGCUUCAGAACGCCGCUCUCUCCAAGCGUCCCGGGCCCGUGGAACCCCCCUACAGGUGUGAGCAGCCAACCUCAGCUUGCAAUGGCCUCAAUGUCGUCGGAUAUGAGCUGGCUGAAUCUCGGUGACCGGUCACGAGAGUGA